AUGUUUUCUUUCCAUAUUUCAGGCGACCAUUUUCUUUUUCUUUUUUCUUUAUUUUUCAUUUCUUUUUUUUUCUUUAUUUUCUUUCUUUCUUUCUUUCUUUUCUUUUCUUUCUUUCUUAAUCUAUGUUUUCUCCAUAUUUCAGGCGACAAUUCAUUUUUCUUUAUUUUCCCUGCCGUUUUUUUCUUUUUUUUCUUUCUUUCUUGCCUUUCUUUUUUUUUCUUUCUUUCUUUCUUUCUUUUCUUUCUUUUUUCUUUCUUUCUUUCUUUCUUUAAUCUAUGUUUUCUCCAUAUUCUAUUUCUCCAUAUUACCACCAAUCAUUUUUUUUUUCUUUAUUUCCUCCUGCCGUUCUUUCUUUCUUUCUUUCUUUCUUUCUUUUUUCUUUCUUUCUUUUUUUCUUUCUUUCUUAAUCAUUCUUUUUUUUAUCUUUUUUCUCCAUAUUUUUUCUUUCUUUUUUCUUUCAUUUUUUUCUUUUUCUCUUUAUUUCCUCCUCUUUUCUUUUUUUCUUUUUUUCUUUUCUUUCUUUCUUUCUUUUUCUUUCUUUCUUUUCUUUCUUUCUUAAUCUAUGCUACCACCAUUCCUUUCUUUUCUUUUUUUCCUCCCUUUCUUUCUUUCUUUUUUCUUUCUUUCUUUCUUUCUUUCUUUCUUUCUUUCUUUCUUUUCUUAAUCUAUGUUUUCUUUCCUUUUUUUUCAGGCUACCACCAUUCCUUUCUUUUUUUCUUUCUUUCUUUUCUUUCUUUCUUAAUCUUAUUUUCUUUUCUUUCUUUUUUUUUCUUUUUUUUCUUUUUUUCUUUUUUUCUUUUUCUUUUUUUUCUUUCUUUUUUUCUUAAUCUAUGUUUUCUCCAUAUUUCAGGCUUACCACCUUUCUUUCUUUCUUUUCUUUUUCUUUCUUUCUUUUUUUCUCAGGCGACCACCAUUCUUUUCUUUUCUUUCUUUUCUGCCGUUCUUUCUUUCUUUCUUUCUUUCUUUCUUUCUUUCUUAAUCUAUGUUUUUCUCCGUAUUUCAGGCGACCACCAUUCCUUUCUUUUUUCUUUAUUUCCUUUGCCGUUCUUUCUUUCUUUCUUUCUUUCUUUCUUUCUUUCUUUCUUUUUUUUCUUAAUCUAUGUUUUCGAAUUAUUUCAGGCGUUUCUUUCUUACCACCUUUUCCUUUCUUUCUUUUUUCUUUUUAUCUAUGUUUUCCUCCCUGCCGUUCUUUCUUUUUCUUUCUUUCUUGCCGUUCUUUCUUUCUUUUCUUUCUUUCUUUCUUUCUUUCUUAAUCUAUGUUUUCUCCAUAUUUCAGGCGACCACCAUUCCUUUUUUUUUCUUUAUUUCCUCCCCUGUUGUUUCUUUUCUUUCUUUCUUUCUUUCUUUCUUUCUUUCUUUCUUUCUUUCUUAAUCUAUUUUUUCUCCAUAUUUCAGGCUACCAUCAUUCUUUUCUUUUUUUCUUUAUUUCCUCCUGCCGUUCUUUCUUUCUUUCUUUCUUUCUUUCUUUCUUUCUUUCUUUCUUUUCUUUCUUUCUAUAUUUUUCUCCAUAUUUUAACCAUCAUUUUUUUCUUUAUGCGUUCUUUCUUUCUUUCUUUUUUCUUUCUUUUCUUUUUUUUUCUUAAUCUAUGUUUUUUCUCCAUAUUUCCAGGCACCAUUCUUUUUCUUUUCUUUUUUUCCCUUUCUUUCUUUCUUUUCUUUCUUUCUUUCUUUUUCUUUCUUUCUUUCUUUCUUAAUCUAUUUUUUCUCCGUAUUUCAGGCGACCAUCAUUCAUUUCCUUUUUUCUUUUUUCUUUCUUUCUUUCUUUCUUUCUUUCUUUCUUUCUUUUCUUUCUUUCUUUCUUUCUUUUUUUCCAUAUUUAAUCUAUUGUUUUUUUUUUUUUCUUUAUUUCCUCCUGCUGUUCUUUCUUUCUUUUCCACCUUUUCUUUCCUUUCUUUUUUUUCUAUAUUUUUUUUCCAUAUUUCUUUCUUUUUUCUUUCUUUCUUUCUUUCUUUCUUUCUUUCUUUCUUUCUUUCUUUCUUAAUCUAUGUUUUCUCCGUAUUUCAGGCUACCACCAUUCCUUUCUUUUUUCUUUCUUUCUUUCUUUCUUUCUUUCUUUCUUUCUUUCUUUCUUUCUUUCUUUCUUUCUAUGUUUUUCUUAAUCUAUGCUACCACCAUUCCUUUCUUUUUUCUUUAUUUCCUCCCUGCCGUUCUUUCUUUCUUUCUUUCUUUCUUUCUUUCUUUCUUUCUUUCUUAAUCUAUGUUUUCUCCGUAUUUCAGGCUACCACCAUUCCUUUCUUUUUUCUUUAUUUCCUCCCUGCCGUUCUUUCUUUCUUUCUUUCUUUCUUUCUUUCUUUCUUUCUUUUCUUUUUCUUUCUUAAUCUAUGUUUUUCUCCAUAUUUCAGGCUACCACCAUUCUUUUUUUUUUUUUCUUUAUUUUUUUCUUUAUUUCCUCCCUUGCCUUUCUUUCUCUCCCUUAUUUUCUUUUCUUUCUUUUUCUUUUUUUUCUUUCUUUCUUUUCUUUUUCUUAUUUUUUUCUUUCUUUUUUUUUUUUAUAUUUUCCAAUUUUCAGGCUACCACCAUUUCCUUUCUUUUUCUUUCUUUUUUUCUUUCUUUCUUUCUUUUUCCCUUUCUUUCUUUCCUAUGUUUUCUCCAUAUUUCAGGCGACCACCAUUCUUUCUUUCUUUCUUUUCUUUCUUUCUUUCUUUCUUUCUUUCUUUCUUAAUCUAUGUUUUUCUCCAUAUUUCAGGCUACCACCAUUCUUUUCUUUUUCUUUAUUUCCUCCCUUUCUUUCUUUCUUUCUUUCUUUCUUUCUUUCUUUCUUUCUUUUUUUCUUUCUUAAUCUAUGUUUUUUCUUUUAUUAUUUCAGGCUACCACCUUUUUUCUUUCUUUCUUUCUUUUUUUUCUUUAUUUCCUCCCUGCUUUCUUUUUCUUUCUUUCUUUUCUUUUUUCUUUUCUUUCUUUCUUUCUUUCUUUCUUAAUCUAUAUUUUUUUCUCCAUAUUUCAGGCUACCACCAUUUCUUUUUUUUUUCUUUAUUUUUCCUCCUGCCGUUCUUUUUUCUUUCUUUCUUUCUUUUUCUUUCUUUUUCUUUCUUUCUUUGUUUUUCCAUAAUCUAUUGUUUUCUUUUUCCAUAUUUCAGGUUCUACCACCUUUCCUUUCUUUUUUCUUUUUUUCUCCAUGCCGUUCUUUUUUCUUUUUUUUUUUUUCUUUCUUUCUUUCUUUCUUUCUUUCUUUUCUUUCUUUCUUUCUUUCUUUUCUUAAUCUAUGUUUUCUCUCCACCAUUCUUUUCUUUUUUCAUUUCCUCCCUUCUUUCCUUUCUUUCCUUUUUUCUUUCUUUUUUCUUUUGUUUUUCCAUAUUUCCGACCGCUACCACCAUUCCUUUCUUUUUUUUCUUUAUUUCCUCCCUGCCGUUCUUUCUUUUCUUUCUUUCUUUCUUUCUUUCUUUCUUUUUUUCUUUUCUUAAUCUAUAUUUUUCUCCGUAUUUCAGGCGACCACCAUUCUUUUCUUUUUUUCUUUAUUUCCUCCCUGCCGUUCUUUCUUUCUUUUCUUUCUUUUUUUCUUUUUUCUUUCUUUCUUUUCUUUUCUUAAUCUAUGUUUUCUCUCCGUAUUUCAGGCGACCACCUUUCUUUUUUUUUCUUAAUUUCCUCCCUGCCGCGACCACCAUUCCUUUCUUUUUCUUUUUUUUCCCUCCCUGCCUUUCUUUUUUUCUUUCUUUCUUUCUUUUCUUUCUUUCUUUUCUUUCACCAUUCUUUUUCUUUUUCUUUUAUUUCUUUCUUUAUUUUCUUAUUCUUUCUUUUCUUUCCUUUAUUUCAGGCGAUUUCCACCUUUUUUUUUUAUUUUCCUUUCUGCCUUUUUUCUUUUCUUUCUUUUAUUUCUUUCUUUCUUUCCCUAUGUUUUCUCCAUAUUUCACCAUUCUUUCUUUUUUUCUUUAUUUCCUUCUUUCUUUCUUUCUUUUCUUUCUUUCUUUCUUUCUUUCUUUCUUAAUCUAUGUUUUCUCCGUAUUUCAGGCUACCACCAUUCCUUUCUUUUUUUUUUCUUUUAUUUCCUCCCUGCCGUUCUUUCUUUUCUUUCUUUCUUUCUUUCUUUCUUUCUUUCUUUCUUUCUUUCUUAAUCUAUCUUUUUCUCCGUAUUUCAGGCUACCACCAUUCCUUUCUUUUUUUUCUUUUUAUUUCCUCCCUGCCGCGACCACCAUUCCUUUCUUUUUUCUUUAUUUCCUCCCUGCCGUUCUUUCUUUCUUUCUUUCUUUCUUUCUUUCUUUCUUUCUUUCUUUCUUUUUUUCUUUUCUUAAUCUGUGUUUUUUUCAUUUCUUUAUUACCACCUUUCUUUUUUCUUUUCUUUAUUUCCUCCCUGCCGUUCUUUCUUUCUUUCUUUCUUUCUUUCUGUUGCUUUUCGUUCUUUCUAUUUUGUCUGAGUUUCUUUCUACCAUUCCAUUUUCUUUCUUUCUUUUAUAUGCGACGUAUUUGUCUUCCUUUUUUUGUUCACUCUUUCUUUCAUAUGCGACGUAUUUUUCUUUCUUUCUUUCUUUCUUUUUUUCUUUCUUUCUUCAAUCUUGCUUUAAUACUUCCCUUUUUCUUUCUCCACUUUUCUACCUUUCGAAAUUCAUUUCAUUUUUCAGUCUUUCUUUCUUUCUUUCUUUCUUUCUUUCUUUUGUAUGCGAUGUAUUUUUCAUUCUUUAUUUAUUUAUUACAUAUGCGACGUAUUCUUCUUUCUUUCAUUCUUUCUUUCAUAUGCGACGUAUUUUUAUUUCUUUAUUUCAUAUGCAACGUAUUCUUCUUUCUUUCUUUCUUUCUUUCUUUCUUUCAUAUGCGACGUAUUUUCUUAAUUUUUUUCUUUCUUUAUUUCAUAUGCAACGUGUUCUUUCUUUCUUUCUGUCAUAUGCCACGUAUUUUUCUUUCUUUCUUUCUUUCAUUCUUUCUUUCUUUCUUUCUUUCUUUCUUUCUUAUAUGACACAUCUCUUUCCUUGCUUUCGUGCACUCUUUUGGCGACUCUUACUUGAAUCCUCCCCCCUCCACACACACACCGUUUUUUUUUUAGUUUUUCAUUCUUCCUUCCUUCUCUUUUGCCCUCAAUUUUUCUUUUCUUCACUUUCAUUCUACCGUCUUACUUUAAUUCCCUUCCAUCCGUUUUCAAUUCUUAUAUCACUCAUACCCUCUUUCCCCCCCCCACACUUUUAUUUGCCCCUAUAUUCGUUCCUCACUAAUAUAUCCUUUCCUUUUUCCCCACGUGCAUCUCAAAAGCCAAAUGAAUACCUAAAGCUCAGUGCUACUAUUUUUACCCGCCUACAGAUACCCGCUAUUCAUUUAUUAUUCCCGAAUCAAAUAAAUGAUUCUUCUUCUUCUUCUUCUUCUUCUUCUUCUUCUUCUUCUUCUUCAAAUUCUUCUUCAAAUCCUCCUUCUUUGUCUUCUUCUUUUUCAAAUUCUUCUUCCUCUUCAAAUUUUUCUUCUUCAAAUUGUUAUUCUUCAAAUUCUUCUCUAAAUUCUUCUUCUUCAAAUUCUUGUUCUUUUUCAAAUUCUUCUUCAAAUUCUUCUUCUUUAAAUUCUUCCUCAAAGUCUUCUUCAAAUUAUUCUUCAAAUUCUUCUUCAAAUUCUUCUUCAAAUUCUUCUUCUUCUUCUAGUUAUUAUUCUUCAAAAUCUUCUUCAAAUUCUUCUUCUUCUUCUUCUUCUUCUUCUUCAAAAUAUUCUUCGUCGUCCUGGAUAUGA